GAAAUAGAAGGAAAAUAAUGAAUUAGAUGAACUUCUAAUAUUAACACAGAAAUCGAAAUUGUUAGUGCCAUAAUUUAAGCGAAUCCAAUAAUAAUGUGAUUUUUGUUAAAAAUAAAUGGCUAAAUACUCAUGUCCUAAAUGUAAUAAGAUGCAAUGUUCAUUGGACUGCUACAAAACCCACAGUGAAACAUGCACAUCAUCAUUCUAGAAGGAGCAUGAGAUAUAGAAGAUGAAAGGGUUGAAGGCUACCUUCGACGAGUAAAUUGAGAUGAAAAAAGCUCUUAAUCAAUUCUAUGAAGAAUCUAAAGAUGAAAAUAUUGUUCCAAUGAAUGAGGAGGAGAUAAAUGAAAGAUGGGAAGAAUUGUAAGAAUUAUGUGAACAAGGUAAAUUGAAUUUGGAUUAAUUGACAUUGGCUGAAUAACAUGAGUUUGCUAAGUUUAUUUAAGAAAUGGUUAUAUAAGAACCCUGGAUUCCCUGGUGGGAAGUAAAUGAAGGAGCAUUUUCAUUAUAUGUUGAUGAAUUAGAUUAAAAUUAAAAGACAAAUAAAGAAAUUCAUCAAAAUUCUUACCUUGAAUUUAGGUCAACUCUGAAAUAGAAAAUAUAAACUGUGGUGCCCUUCAAUAAAUUAUGUAAGAUUUAGCAUGAGGAUUUAAGAAAUCAUCUAUUUAAUUUAAUUGCUUCCAUAUCAAUCAUAGCGAAGGUUCUAGAUGGAGACAUCAUUGAAUUGAAUAGAGAAUUCUAUAAUAUGUUCACAAUUCUCAGCUACACAAUGGAUGACAAUACUUCAUUGAUUGGAAAUUUAGAUCUCUCUUACAAAAAGUUAAAAGAACAUGCUCACAAAGUAGAUAAAGGAUUAAUUUUACCAUAUAUUAAUAGGGAGGACUUAAUUAAAAUAUUCUCAAAUAAAUUUUUUGUUAUUGAAAUUUUGUUUUAUGCUUAUGACGCCAUCCAUUCAAUUGAACAUUAAGCAUAAAAUGAAGACAAUAGUGAUUUUGUGGAAAACAAAAAGUUAAUAAAAACACUAAAUCUUAAAAAAUAAAAAUUGCUGUUUUAUAUUUCUUAUGCUUUAUCUAAAAAUCAUGAAUUCUAUUAGCAAAUAAGAACUUAGAUCAAAGAAUUGAAUGAGUGA